CACCAGGAUGACGCACCUCUUGACCCGCAUACCACCGUGACUCUAGAAAAGUGGAAGCAAGUGGGGUGUUUUUUCUUGCUUUAACGAAAUUGGAUACGCCCGUCCAACUGGUAGUCGAGGGAUUAAGUACCACUCGAGAAAGGAACUGCUGUGCAUCUUGCCAGAACAGCCAUGGCUGUCCGCUUUGACCCGUUAUGGACAGUGAAGUUGUGCGGCCCAUCAAUGUAGGGCUUGCUGUGGGACCGCCAUUGCCAGUAUAGGUCGCUGUAGGUGUAGACGUUGUAGUCGGGGUGGGAAGAACGUUGGUCGCGGAAGACUGGGGGCUCGGUUUCUGGGUUGUGCUGGGCAGUCCGAGAACCAACCCUAAUACAAUACCUAUGGCGGACAGGAUCCCAAAAAGGGUCAAGAUACACCCUACAAUCAUACGACGGCGCCGAGAUUUCUCUUCUGCUGUUCGGAUCAUCGAAUUACGAGGUUGUUCGCGUUUUCUGGGGAUUAAUCUCAUCGGGUCCGGUACUGGGUCCGGUGCUAUUUCUACGAUAUCUCUUUGGGGUUCCCAAGUCUUUGCGGUAUGACGGACAGACGAGGUGUCCGCGUCUGCGGAGGCGCCGACUUUCUUGCACUCGGCCAUUUUGGCAACGCAGUCACAUGGCUUGAACUGCUAUGAUUCGAAGUCGAUCCUCUGUUUCCACUGGGGCCUGCCUGGUUCUGAUCCAAAGAAAUAUAUAUCAGUCCACAACCAUUCUGAUCC